GGACCUACUAAGCAGUGGGAAUUGGGCAUUCCAAAUUGGGGAGAAAAGGGGAUAAAAAAUAAAAAAAGAGUCAGCCUAAUACAACAUAAAAUAAAAAAGUGAAUGAAAAAGCACAUACAUAAGGUUACAAAUAUAAAACUAUAUAUAUAUAUAUAUAUGUAUAUAUGAAAACUAACAAACUCAAUAAAUCAAUGCUUAAACAUUUUCACUCAUACAGCCUUUUCUAGAAAAUUUAUUGCAUUUUUCAGGUUAGAGAUUGUGUGUGAUCACGACCUUUUUGAAACUACUGGUACAUUUUGCUCUGGCAAUUUCCCUUAAUAAGAAGUUGUACCAUACAUUUCCAUAUUGAUGGUAUGUGGUACAUUUACCAGUAAAGGCAACCCAACAAUUUUCCUGUAAUUUACCUGGAUGUGAGAAAAGGACUGUUAAUUCUUUUUAGCAAGUUUCUUUGAGGAGUCCAGAAGCUUUUAUUUUGAAACUCUAUACCUCGUUUUCAACCGAAAGUUUUAGAUGUAGCUGCUUUCACAUGACUCUCAACACUGGAAUCAAAGACGUUCAGUAAAGUAAUGUACAUUUGCGUUUAAAUCAGCUCAUCCUGUGGAGGUGAAAUGUGUAAUGUUCCUCCAGUUUACUGCACGAUAUAACAAGCAGCGUAUUAUGUGGGAUUGAAACUCCUUGAAAAUAUGGACAUUGGACUCCCCAAACAAGCCGCGCAAAUGGACAGAACUCCCCUCCCUCUGUCCUCCAUACGACUCUUGGUCCCUCCUAUACGCCUGAUGUCUGCUUUCAUGUGGAGAAUUGUGCAGCAAAUGGAUGUCAUGCAAUAUGGGAUGCUGGCAGAUUUUGUUUCAUUGGUGUCAGAGACCGUUCCAGAACUAGUUAGUCGUAGACAAGGAGUUGAGCUUAUUCUGGGAUUGCGCGCAAGGCUCAUAUUGAAGUUGUGUGAAAGUGAUGACCCUGACGACAUGCUCGCCAUCCAGCCACACCUCAACAGCAUUCAGCUCACAGGUGGAUUCUGUGAUGCCAAACAGGUGGAUAACACUGCGGUGGGAGAUGCAGGUGUUUGUUUUGUGGAGCUGGUCCAAAAACUCAUUAAAGAUGUGGAUGAGAGGGAGCAUUUCUUCCAGCAUGUGUUUCCAGUGGAUUUUGGCACUGACUUUGACUCAGCCAUUCAGGUUCUGAUGUGGCAUUUCCUGUCCAGGCUGGCGAACUUACUUCCAGUCCCUGACCUCCAACAGACUUUAGCUUGGCUUGACCUCACGUUGCCUGUUUCUAAAGAUUGUGAGGAGUUCAUGAGUCAGUCAGAUCAUCUGAAAUCACUCCUUGACCACCACAAGAAUCUCGGACAUUUAGAUACCAACACUUCACAUCAGCCCCUAAGUGUAGGAAGUUGCAUCCUGUCCACACUCUCUGGUAAACCAUUUGACAUCCCUCAGCAUGGUGUAGGUCACAUUCAGAUUUUUAGACAAACUUCAGACCACUUUGAGGAAAGUGCCAUGGAGACAGUGGAAGGGAUGUCUGAAUGGACAGAGGCUCAGGUAGGAAAUGUUCAGGAUGGAGAGCGGUUACCUCUCAUCACAGGCUCUGGGCAGAAGAGGGAAGACAAAUCUGGCUGUAAUUUGGAUGAUACUGUGCUAACACUUCAAAAAGACCGUAGAUCCGAAGAUGAGGCAGAGAUGGUGGUUUCAGAGAAAUCAGACUCUAAUGCUGAGCGGUCAGAAAUCCUGUCUCCGUGUAGCCCCUCUUUGGCGACACAAUCAGUGACUGAGGAAAAUGCUGUACCAAAAAUACCUUUGGACACACGCAGAUCUGCACGGAAGCCUAAGACCACAUGGAAGAUUAAAAUAGUGAACCUUCAAAAGCACAAGAGAAAGUCAGCAACUCCUAAAAGAAUGUAUGCAAGAAACCUGCAGAAUCAAGCCGAGUUAGAUCCUGUUCCCUCAGACAUGGAUGUCAUCAAAGGCUUUGACGAGUCUGAUUUUACUUCAGAUGAAAGGAACAGAGAUGGAUCCUCUCACAGCUUCUCAUGCUUGCAAUGCCCGUUCAGUGACUCUAAGGAAGAAAACCUUAGGAUUCAUAUAAAGGAAGUCCACUCAACUAAGGUUAAGGGGAGUGAUGAUGGUGCAGAGGCUGCAGUUGAUCCAUUGUUGCCUAACAGCUGCCACAUUUGUGGUAAAAGCUACCGGUUCCCAUACUUACUGAAGGCCCAUCAGCGCACACACACAGGGGAGUGUCCUUUUCUCUGUCCGGUGUCUGAGUGUAGCCGUAGUUUCUCCCAUUCGAGAGCCCUGCGCCGCCAUCAACUCGUUCAUGCCUCCGAAGAUGCACAAACAAAUGAUUCUCUGCAGAAAAAAAAGAAGAAACCAAAAAAGAAAAAGAAAAAACCUCAGACCUACAACUGUCUGUACUGUGGAGAGACCUUUAGCUCCAUCGCAGCCAGGAGAGACCAUCACCAGACCCACCCUGAAGAUAAGGUGCAUCGCUGCAACUCCUGUGGGAAGCAGCUUAGCUGUCAGGCAGCUCUUAUUAGACACAAGCGUAUCCAUGACGAAGAUCGACCCUAUAAGUGCACAGAAUGUGACUCUACCUUCAUCUGCUCAACCACCUACAAACGGCACAUGUUGACCCACCAGCCUGAGAGACCAUUCCUUUGUACCUGUGGGAAGGGGUUCACGUAUAGGGGUGCUCUUUUGGCUCACCAGCGCAUACACAUCCAAUCUGAGGACAGACCGUUCCGUUGCAUGGAUUGUGGAAAGGGGUUUCUUUACCGUGGGGCUUUGGCGCAACACCAGAGGACCCACUCCAAAGAGAAACCCUUCCCUUGUGCACACUGUGGCGAGAAUAGUAAUACAGAGAAUUCUCUUUGUUCACACUCAACCAGCCACACCACAGAGAAAAGUUACAAAUGCACCUUGUGUGACAAGUCAUUCGCGUUCAAGGCCAGUCUGACUCGACAUAAACGUACACACACUGGAGAGAGGCCUUUUCUCUGUUCUGACUGCGGAAAGGCCUUUUUUUCUUUUGGAGAGUUGCUCAAGCACCAGCGCUACCACACGGGGCACAAACCUUUCCAGUGCCCAGACUGCGAAAAGAGUUUCACUCAAGCCUGCUACUUGCAAGUCCACAUGAGGCACCACACGGGUGUACGCCCCUACUCCUGCUCCCAGUGCAAUAAGAGCUUCUUUAGUUCUUACCGCCUCAAGAGACACCUGCGGAUUCACACUGGAGAGAAACCCUUCCAGUGCUCUGAGUGCGGAAAAAGAUUUCGACAGUCGUAUAAUCUGAAGGUGCACCUGCAGAUUCACCAAGAAAAGAAACCUGAAAGUAGGACAGUUAGUACCUUUUAGUACUAUUGCAGGCAUUGUCAUUACUAAACGUGAAAGAGGAUCACAGUAUUACAAGGUUCAAGCGAUGACAUACUUUUGCUUUUUUGUUUUAUGUCUGUUCUCACUCAGAUGAUCAAGUCAUUAUCAGUGCUCCAGAGUGCCAGAAUAAAAGAACAAAUGAAUAAAAACGGU